AUCCGUUGGUGAAUAAGUAACAUUCAUUCAUAGAAGCGACAGAGAUAGACUCCUCUUCUAAACUGUCUCACCUCUGCAGGAGCAGGAGUCUCGUCAUUCUGCCGGUGUUGGUCGGUGACAGCGGCGACACACGAACCGGCGAACCGACAGGCAGCGGACAGGUUGCACUGCCGUGAUGUCAUUACUCCUCCUCUUCCUCCUCCCCUUCCUCAUCCUCACCCCCGCCUCAACGUUGGAGUUUCGUUACCACAACAACCAUGAGAUCGAACAGUACCUCCUCCAGCUCAACGCCUCCAACCCCGAUAUCACUCACCUGUACAGCAUCGGCCAGUCUGUCAGAGGUCAGCAGUUGUGGGUGUUGGCUCUGGGUCUCAGUGCUCGCCGUCACACCGUUGGCAUCCCAGAGUUCAAAUAUGUGGCUAACAUGCAUGGAAACGAGGUUCUUGGCCGGGUGCUGCUGCUACAGCUAAUCGACGACCUGGUGCGUGGUUACCGUAACAACGAAACGUGGUCAAUGCAGUUACUGAACAGCACCCGCAUCCACAUCCUGCCAACAAUGAACCCCGACGGCUUCGAUGAAUCGGACACACACUGCCAGUACAGCCAGGGCAGGUUCAACUAUAACGGCGUUGAUCUGAACAGGAACUUCCCCGAUGCUUUUGCUGGUCUCCGAAGGCAACAGCAGCUUGACGAGGAGAAGCGGGAGGCAGAGGUCAGAGCUGUGAUUGGCUGGUUGAGGACUGAGAGUUUUGUUCUCUCUGCCAACCUUCAUGGAGGAGCUCUGGUGGCCAGUUAUCCUUACGACAACAGCAACGGAGGCAGCGAGUUGGUGGGCGGGGCCAGCGUCACCCCUGAUGAAGACGUGUUCGUUCACCUGGCCAAGGUGUACUCCUACAACCACGCCUCCAUGCACCAGGGUGACAGUUGCGACGACAGCAGUCGGUUCCUGGACGGCAUCACCAACGGAUACCAGUGGUACCCUUUGACAGGUGGGAUGCAGGACUAUAACUAUGUGUGGGCUCAGUGUUUGGAGUUGACUCUGGAGGUUUCCUGCUGCAAGUUUCCUCCAGUCAAACAGCUUCCUGCUCUGUGGACGGAGAACAGGAAGGCUCUGCUGGCUUACAUCCAGCAGGUCCACCUCGGGGUCAAAGGUCGUGUGUUUGAUGGCUCCGGAGUGCCAGUCCAGAACGCAGUGGUGGAGGUCAAAGGUCGCAGGAAUAUGUGUCCGUUCAGAACCGACCGACACGGAGAAUACUACAGACUGCUGCUGCCUGGAAACUACAGCUUCACGGUGACAUACCCGGGACACGAGGUUUUGACGGAGAUACUUAAUGUUCCAAAUGGUCCUGAUUACUACUCCGCCAUGAAACACGACUUCCUGUUACGACACAUCCCCACGACUGGCCACAUCCCGGCUAACCCCACCCAAGGUAACCUCACCCCUACCUGUAACUACACAUUCCACCUGGAGGCAGGAGGAGUGAUAACCAGGCCCACAUGGAUGGGGCUAGGUGUGGGACUCGGCCUGCUGGUGGCGCUAGGAUCCCUGAUCAACUGAAGCGGCCUGGUGCUCAGUGUAACGGUUGGAGGUUUGAACCCUCAACCUUCAUAAAAACAAACUGAUUUGCCAACUAACUAUCAAGCUACAGUUCGGCCUCUAACUGGACAAGUUCACACAGUUUAUUCUUGAAACUUAUUUGCACCACUGACUUCUUUCUCAUAACUGUCUACAAAAAAUUCCUCUUUUGUGGAACAGUUUAUACUCUCUCAGAGGUGCAACACAGCUAAUAAGCUAUAAUAGCUUCCUGUGUUUUGGACUCUCUGGCUCGCUGUUCCCUCAAAAAUCAGCACUAUCAAGACAUUUUGCUAUUGGUAAAUGGCAGGAAUUCACUUGUCAGAGUUGAACUCGACACAAAAAGUUUGCACCAUUUCAUAAUUUUAAAUGCUGGUGUGACCGGGCCUUACAGCAAGUCUCUUGGAGCAUUAUUACUAAUAGAGUAAUGAUUUUGAAGAUCUCUUCUAAGAAGUGAAAUUAAUGAAGAGCUCAACAUGUGAGAAAGAAAUGUAUUGACUUUGUAUUUCUAGAGAGAAGUUGGGUUUGUUUCCAAUUUCCUUCAAUACCAACCCAGCCCCAUCCUAAAACCAAGAAAAAAAAAUAGGAUUUAAGAAGAAAAGACAGAGAAACCUCAGGAGAGUUACAACCUGAGUUGUAACAAUAAUGAAAACACAAAGUGCAACUACACUGCCAUUUCCCUGCACUGUAGAGACUAUAGAAAUAAGUUACACACUCUCACAGGAAUAAACAGGUUUUAAAUCUGGAUUGUAUUUAAAGGGAUCGCAGGAGGAAAAAGCUCUACUUCCUGAGGAUUUUGUCUUCCCUGCUGAGAGUUUAGAGCAUGUGAAGGAGUGUAGGGAGUGAUAUAGCUCAUUAAGUGUGGUAGAGCUAGACCAUGUUAUUUUAUAUGUGAGGAGGAGCACUUUAAAAUUAGCACUUGCAGGGAUUGAAUGCUGUUUAUAGAAAGGCUUGUAUUUAAGGACAUUACAGUAGUUGAGUGUUGAAAUUACUAAGACAUGAGCUGUGAAAUGAAGCGAUCCUCGUGACGCCACACAUUAAUCAUCUAUCUGAACUCACUGAGGUGCGUUUGAUUUACUACUCCGGAGGAUCAAACUGUCAUCAGACAUGUUCAUACAGGUGUUCAUCCUUUCUUCUUAUUUCAUAUUUGUGGGGGCCCAACCCAUUCAUACCUCCAGAACAGUUUAGUCCAGUGGGUCCCAACCUGGGGCUUGAGACCCCUAUAGAGUGGCAAAAUUAAUCUGAGUCACAUUUCUGCUACACAAAUUAUGAUGAUUUUUUACACUUUUCUCUAAUUUUGCUUGAUUUAUUGUGAAAUACUGCAUAGUUUUACAUAUUCAGGUCUCUUAACUACUGUAGCUUCAUAUGACCCUGCAAUACACAACAACAAAGAAAGUUGUUCGUCUUCUACUACUUCAACACCUGCUCGACUUUUUUACUUUGUCUUUUUUUAUUUACAAAACACUAAAAAGUGACUUUACAGUUAUAAAAAAAAUUAAAUACACAAGGACAAACGAAGUACAACAGGUUGAUGUACAAAACAUAACACAUGCAGUGCAUUCAGAAAGUGCAUUAAUUUUUACCUCAUCAAUCUACACUCAAUACCCCAUGAUGACAAAGCGAAAACAGGAUUUUAGGAAUGUUUGCAAAUGUAUUAAAAAGAAAAACUGAAAUAUCACAUUGACCGACGCAUUUAGACCCUUUGAUUUGACACUUGACAUUUAGCUCAGGUGCCUUCCACUUCGCUUGAUCAUCUCUGAGAUGUUUCUACACCUUGAGUGGAGUCCACCUGUGGUAAAUUCAGUUGAGUGGUGUUGAUUUGGAAAGGCACACACCUGUCUAUAUAAAAGCUCAGACACAGGAUUGUGUUGAGGCACAGAUCUGGGGGAAGGCUACAAAAACAUUUCUGUUGCAUUAAAGGUUCCCAAGAGCAUAGUGGGCUCCAUAAUUCUUAAAUGGAAGAAGUUUAGAACAACCAGGACAGUUCCUAGAGCUGGCCGCCCGGCCAAACUGAGAAAUCAGGGGAGAAGGGCCUUGGUAAGACAGGUGACCAAGACCUCGAUGGUAGUUGUACAUCCAUGGGUACACUGCAAACAAGAACAGCUAAUAGCUAAUUCAGCAUACUUUCAGUGGUGCCAGUAUGCCAAAAUGUAAUCAAAUAUAGGCAAAAAAAAACAGGGAUCAAGUUGCAGCUCACACUUAACUAAGUGACUUCAUGUCAACCUGCAGCUCAGACUGACUUCACUGAUCUUCAGGACAGAAACUCAGAGGCCUUCUGCACAUUUUUCCCCUCAUUCAAACUUUAUUUUUACCAAAUAUCAGGUUUUUCUACUUUUGUACUGUUUGAUAUUAAAUGUUGCUUCAUAAAAAGAUCCUCUGUGCCAUGUUGUAACUGUAGUGACUGCAGGCUUCAGUCACACCUAAAACAUCAGACCUCAUAAUAGUUUCUGCAUUUCUUCUGUUUCAUGUUUCAUUUCACUGUAAAAACACCACAGUGAACCUGAAGUAAACUGUCACUGCUGAGUAAACCUGCUUCUGGAAGGAAAUCUUUCAUUAAAAGUACAAAAAACUGAAAAAUU